AUGAUGAUCUCAUCGUUCCCAUUUAUUUUAUUGAUUAUAUUAAAUGCAGUUAAUCAAAAUGGUGGACAUCCUACUCCUUUAUCGUCUUUAAAUAUAAAUUGUACUGUUCAACAUGAUACUCAUUCAUUAACUGAAGAUGAAAAAGUAACAAUUCGUGGAAAAUUAUUUAAAGUUGAAGAUUGUAAUCUUCAACGUGCUUAUCAAGCAUGUGGUACUCAACUUUGGUUUAUGCUUAAUAUCGUCUGUGGAGCUGUAGAAUCACAAAAACAAGGUCGUAAAUUUAAAAAUCAUCAUCGAAGAUUUGCUCAAGAAAAAUUACUUUCCGAAGCUUGUUGUCAAAAUACAUGUACAAUUACUGAAAUGACACGAUACUGUCCAUCAGUGUAA